AUGCACUGUACUGCUCGAGACCCUCCACCAUUUCUACCACCUGCCAAAAGACAAAAAUCUCAAACGCCAAUCUUGAAUGGCUGGUCGAGAGAUGCAACCAAUGGGACCCGUGACCCUACCCGGGGCGGACCGUUGACCCAAUCACGCCUCGUCGUGACCCCAAGUCCAUCAGAUGUCACGUCGAACGGUGUGUCUUCAGAGAAACAGUCCCAGCAGAUUAAGAGAUCCCCUUGGGGACCACUUUCAAAGUUCUCAUACCCGGGCUUGUCCAGGGAUGAGCUAGCUCUUGAACCUAAACGUGAAAGAUCACCCUCCCAGCAAAAUGGACUCUCGCGAAAGGCGGCAAGCCCGUUACUGGAAAGGAUCACCGCGGCCAGGGAGGCAGCCCGCUCCGAAACUCCCUCUAUCUCUAAGAAUCACGACAUACGCAGGAAUCCGCCAGGAGGUAGUCAGCUACGACGACAUGAACCGUCGGGGCCAUCUAGGCCACUAGAUUCAUGGACCAAACCUCUAACCAAACCAGUCCACCCGCAUUCUCACGCCAGUAACCCUUCCCGACCAAACAAUGAAUCUCCCCAGAGACCAUCAUCCUCUUCCCAGAAGUUGGUAUCUGUGGAAAUCCCGCUGCGGUCUGGAACUACUCCUGCACCGCGAAAUACCCCUUCGUCUCAGUCAAAUAUUGAAGUUAGGAUACCUCUUGGUGGACUCAAAGCCGAGAGGAAACAGCUUUUCCAAAAACUCAGACAGAGCACCCAGCUAGCGAAAGAGAGGCCUGAGCAGGUUCAUCGUGUAUUCGGGCAAACUGGCUUCUCUCCGCUGUUCAGUGUCGAAGAUGACCACGAGCGAAUGCGAAAUCUUGCCUCGAAAAAAAAGAAGAAGGCUCCACAAUAUGACACCCCCCUGAGUACUGGAAAUUCUCUUGUCAGUUCUCUACAGAGAUUGCAGCUCGGUGAAAUGGUACACCCUGCCGACUCGGCGCGGGACGUACUGACAAGCCGGUUCGACGAGAACAUUGUCCCGCCAUUGACGUUUGCCAACGAUGUCAAUCAAAGACGUUUGAAUGGAAAGUUCCAGUUCACCGAUCGUUAUAUCAUCGGGGAGGGCAUCAAGAUGGCCCCUGCGAGCACAAACGUCGGCUGCUCCUGCAAGGACUGCGAGCGAUCGACGUGCCUGUGUUUCACCAAAGCAGUGCCGGACGCGGUUGGCAAGGGUGUGCACCACGAGCAGAUCCGUACCUAUGUCCGACGGCCUGACGGGAUAGUUGUACUUUCUGACAAAUACAUCGCGAACGAGUUAAACCCAGAUCCAAGAAUCAGCCACUUCGAAGUCACCGAGUGUAACGAUCUAUGCGCCUGUGGACCUGACUGCUGGAACCGAGUCGUCGGCAAAGGCCGCACCGUGCCGCUCGAGAUCUUCGAGACGUCGCGGUGCGGGUUCGGUGUACGUUCGUCGCAGGACAUUGUCAAGGGCCAGUUUAUCGAAUUGUACCUCGGCGAAGUGAUCACCGAAGCGGAACUCCGGCGGCGGGAAGAUACCGCGGAAGAGGAGGAGCCGAGUUACAUCUAUUCGCUGGAUUGGUUCGGGACGCCUAACGACAAGCACUACCACGUGGACGGGAAAUACUUCGGCUCAGCUAUGCGGUUCGUCAAUCAUAGCUGCGAUCCCAACGCGCGAUGCUUCCCGGUGCAACUGCACAAAGGCGAUAAGAGGGUCUAUCUCCUGGCCUUUUUCGCCAUCCAGGAUAUCAAGGCCGGCGUGGAGAUCCGCAUCUCCUACGAAGGCCGAGACAGUAUACAUCAUGAUCCCGAUUCCGACGCUAAGGGCGACGGCGAUGGGGAAGGGGAGGGCGACGAAGAACUGGUGCGGUGUUACUGUGGCGCGAAGAACUGUCGCAAGUUCCUAUGGCCGUCUAACGUCAAAGCCCGACGAAGGAGACGGAAACUGCCUAUUGAAACCUUCACGACUCUUUCAACGACACACAUAAUAUGCCAACGCCGACCUUGUCGAACCGAUUCUGGCAGACACAGACACAAGAGACACGACCCGAUAAUCACGACAGAGGAACUCAGACCACUGUGGAGAGAGUCCCUAUACCAGUAG